UAAUCAUUACAUCACUCUAUGAUAUAUAAAAAGUCAGAAAAGUUAUUAAUUUCCCAUCUCAUUGGUCCUGUCACAAUGUCCUUCUCUGGAAAAUAUCAGCUGGAAAGCCAAGAGGGCUUUGUGCCUUUCAUGAAGGCUAUGGGUCUUCCUGAUGACCUCAUCGAGAAAGGCAAAGACAUCAAGAGUGUCUCCGAGAUCGAACAGAAUGGAGAUAACUUCAAAGUGACAGUAACCACAGGGAGCAAAGUUAUGGUUAACUCCUUCACCGUAGGACAAGAGUGUGAACUGGAGACAAUGACUGGAGAAAAAGUCAAGGCCAUAGUGACAAAAGAGGGCAACAAGCUGAAGACAAAUCUGAAGGGUAUCGACUCAGUCACAGAGCUUGUGGACGCCAACACAAUUGUGCAUACCACGACUGUGGGCAACGUGGUCCUCAAGACAACCAGCAAACGCAUGUCAUGAUAAACACUGGUCUUUUUAAAUAUGAUUGAGUACAUUUUUCCACAGCUGUCAUGACACUCUUUCAUUUAUAAUUGUGCUAUGUGACACUAACUUAACCACUGUAGAUUUCAGCUGAAUUAGACACAUUGAAAGUGACAUUUGGGUUCUUAGAAUAACACACUUUGAACAUAAA